UUUCAAAAAUAUUAAAAGGUAUUAUAGGCAAAAAUGAAACAAAAUAGAUAUUAGGAUAAAAUGACAUAGUUAUCAUUUUUUUGCUCUAAAAUACAAUUUUCCCUAAAUAUUUUCACCUUUUCUUCUUCUGUAUUUUCUCUCUCUCAUUUACUCUCAAUUCAGCUACUUUCCAUCGAUCACACCCUAUAGUAGAGACUGAGAGCAUCAUUAUCCACGGUUUCUUAGGACGGGGUUCUUAUGGAAAUAUAAGAAACUGUUUCUUAUAUUUCCCUAAGAACCCCGUCCUAAAAAACCGUGGAUAAUGAUGAUGCUCUAAUACAGUCACAUCUUCUUUCCCAUGCUCGGUUACCAAAUUUUAGGCCUCUUGUUUGAUUAUCAACCUUGUUUAUUAUUACCUCUUUUGAUGAGUUUUUUCAAAUUCCAAAACCACUUUUGGGUCUCCUUAGAGCACCCGCAACGGGGGAUGAAGUGGAAUCCUUAGCUCUUAAUCCUAGGUUAUUAGCAAUAUAAUAACAAUAUAAACACUUAGUUAACUAAGGAUUGGUCCGUAAAUAAGGAUUUUAAGGACUAAAUCCUUAUAGACGUGGCGGCUUGGCAUUGGGUGGGGAGAGUAUUGUGUUUCGUUUGGAGAGAAAAACAUUUCAUUUCGAUUCAACACGAGAAAGAAAAAUUUGCUCUCGGCCACAAAGAGGCGAUUGUGCAGUUCUUGAUUUCUCUUGGCGAGAAAGGCGACGAAGGCGAGAAAAAAAGCUUUCCUCUCGGCGAGAAAGGCGAUUGUGCUCUUGUUGAUUUCUCUUGGCGACAAAUCCGACAAAGGCGAGAAAAAAAAAUUGUUCGUUUAUACGAACUUGGAAUUUCGUUUCCUCAAAUUCUAUUCUUAUUUGGUAUAAUAGUUGGUGAGAAUUUGAUUGGAUCCUCUUCUGUGAAUUAGAUGUUCUUGUUUGUGUCUGCAAUUCUAUAAAUUUUCGUGGAGUUUUGGACUUUAGUUGUAUGUCUGCUGUUAAGUUUCUUCUUUUGAUUGUCUAAGGAGGUUGUUUUAGAUACAAUUUAAUCGGUUUUGUUUUAGAAGUUUUUUUUUAUUGCUUCUUUAGCAUAUUUUUCAAUGAAGCUUUUGUUUGCUAAUGUUAGAUAUUGAAUGCUGAUAAGUGAAUAUCCUCACUAGUUUGAUUUUCUAGAGAGAAAUUUUGGUUCUUUUUUGCUUUUAUACAAAUCCACACUGUCUAUGAAUCAUCUUGUUGCAUUCCCUUUAAUAUGUGGUUGUUUUUGAGUCAAUUUAAUCGGUUUUGUUUAAACGUUUUGGUUUUCUAUUUCUUCCUUAGCAUAGUUUUCUAUGAAGCUUGUGUUUAAUGUUUGGUUUCCUGGAGAAAUUUGGUUCUUUUUUUUUCUUAAAUAAAAUUGCAUUGUCUAUAAAAAUUUUUCGAUAGUUCUCAAAGUUUGUGUCUUUAGCCCUUAUCUUGACUCAUUCUCUUUUGUUUUUGGCACUGCUAAUCACUUUCCUGUAUUCCUUUUAAUGUGUUUGUACUAUAAAGGUGUUAGUUUCCAUUCCAUGCGAUGGUAGAUAAAGGUCAAGUCAUCAGCCUCUGUCGUUCCCUGCUUCGGGCAGGGCGUCAGUACCCUGACUACAACAUCAGGGAGUACACUAAGCGAAUGACCUUGGAUGGGUUCCGCAUGAACAAGAAUCUCACUGAUCAUUCUAAGGUGGAGGAGGCUUAUGCUGAAGGUAAGAAGCAGAUGGAGGUUGUAGAGAGGGUAGUGAAGGUUUACUUGGCAUAUCCUCCCAAGACCAAGAACAUCAUGGAACUCAAGCUUCAAUAGUGGAUAUGUAUGUUUGUCACUUUUAAUACACUCCCAAAGCUAUUUGUUAUUGUUAUUGGUCAUGUUUCUUAGUUCUUUCCCAACUAUGAGACAUUUGCUUUGUGUGAUUCUCAUGUAAUCUUUGUGGCAUCAGACUUUUAUUAAGUGAAGAGAAUAAUCUUGUAUUAGAGCGAAGAGAUAAAGAGUCCUUUUUGCUGA